AAUAUACGUUGUUCCAGAGAAUAAAGAACGAUAAACGGUGCACAUUGACCGCCGUAAAUGCGUUGGAAACAAGGAUAAAGCAAACCGCUGAACCACGAUGCAGUUUGAUUUGAAAAUCGAAUCGGAAGUCGUUACAGCUAUCCUGUUGUGAUAGGACGCACGACGCACACAGUAUCGUGUAUUCUCAUUGCGGUAGGAGGUUGUAGAACGUAAUGGUUCGUUGAUACUGGCUGAUUUUUUGAGUAAAUAGUGAAAAAUUAUGCUUUUAAUUAUCGUGAAUUUGAUUCUCGUUUUUAUCGAUCAAACAUAUUCGCAGCAAUGUCUCGACCAUCAAGGCAAUCCCGUUGAUUGGUUUGCGUUGUAUAAACUUCCCAAAAUUCGAGACCAUCCGAAUAAAAAUGUUCAGAAAGGAAUAGCUUAUUUAUUUGUUACCUCUGAUACAGUAAGUAAAGGAUGGACUCUAGCUAAUGAUACAAUAGCGGACGAAACCUCCAUCCCUGGUAAAACGCUUUCGGUCAUUAUUGGCAACGAUGUCGAAGAUAUUUUUUGGAUAUUCUACAACGAUCAGCCUCCUAAUCAACCGUACACUAUUUUACAAGGGCAUACGAAAGGAGCUGUAGUGGGUAGUCGUGAUAAAGGAUUUUGGCUCGUUCAUAGUGUGCCUCAUUUUCCGGUGAUUAAUCGACAGGAUGGAUAUGUGUAUCCACAUACUGGAACCACCUAUGGCCAAAGCCUUCUCUGUAUUAGUUUGAAACCCACUGAUAUGGAGAAUAUUGGUACUCAAUUGAUGAUUAACGAUGCCAAAGUGUACGAGAAUACCUUUCAAGGAACUUUAGCCGAUGUAUUUCCUCAGCUUAAAAAAGCAGCAGAUAUGCAAAGAUUAUCUCAGAAUGAGAAUAUUGUUACGAUUCAAUCGGUCGAUGAUGUAUCGUUUCUAUCUUUUGCUAAAUCUGGGUCAUUCAAUAAAGAUUUAUACAGUCAAUGGGUGUCGGACGAAUUGAAAUGUACUUUGUUUGUUGAAACCUGGCUACAUGAUGACAGAUUGCCAUCAGCUUGCAAUGAAACGUAUCCAGUCCAUAACAUAAAUCAAAUAAAAUGGAAUACUCACAACGAUCAAUUCAGUAACUACAAAGAUCAUUCAAAAUGGACAAUUUGCGCUGAAGAAAACAUCCCAUGGAUUUGUAUUGGCGAUAUCAAUAGAGCUUCAACUCAGUUUACACGUGGAGGCGGUACAGUGUGUUUGAAAAAUCCUAAUUUAUGGAAAAUGUAUUUCAAAAUGGUCGCAGCGGUAGAACCGUGCCCUGCCUAAUAUGAUCUCUCUCACUUACUUGUUCAUUUUUCAGUCAAUUUGUAAUGGUACAUACUAUUGGUAUUUAGGUCUUUUUAAAUUAUUUUGUGUAUUCUUGUUCAUUUUUAAAGGAGGUAGGUAAACAGAAAAAUAAAUGUAAAUUGUAUUCAUUAUCCCUUUAAAUAAAACAUAAGACUGAAUUGAAAUAA